UGUCGCAGCGCUCGCCCGCCGCGCCGCCGCGCUCGCAGUCGGACCGGGCGCUCCGUGCUCCGCCAGCCGCCGGCGCCCGCUGCUCCAGCCAAACUUCCUGGGGCUCGGAGGGCGGGGGGGCGGCGGCGGCACGGGGGGGCCCGUGGAGGAGCCCGGCAUCCCGCGACCCUGCCCGCCCGCAGCCUGCCGAGCCCCCCGCGAGCCGCCGGAGCGGGGAGGGAACAAGGGGGGGCAAAGAAAAGAGAGACGAGCGAAAAGCUGUUCUAGUUUUUUAAUCUUUUUCUUUUUAAAGGAAGGAUUUAAAGGGAAUUUGGAAAGGGGGAACGAAAUUAAAAGGGGGGAAAAAAAGUUUAAAAGUUGAAAGGAGGAAAAAAACUUUAGAAAGAAAAAAUUCACGAGGGAGCUUUCUUAAUUUUUUAUUUUCUUAAGAGGAGGGAAAAAAAUUGACGGAGGGGAAAAAAAACUAAUAAUUGCGAAGGGCUUGAUCCGGGAGAACAAUACUCGCCGGGAAAGUUGCUGCGCGGCGGGGAGGGAGCGGCGGGAGGAAAAUGCCGCAGCUGGGCAGCGGCGGCGGGGACGACCUGGGCGCCACGGACGAGAUGCUGGCCUUCAAGGACGAGGGCGAGCAGGAGGAGAAGAUCCCUGAGAACGCCUUCACCGAGCGCGACCUGGCCGACCUCAAGUCCUCGCUGGUGAACGAGUCGGAGGGCAGCGGCAGCCCGGGCGCCGCCGCCGCCGAUGCCGAGGCCCUCCGCCGAGUGCAGGAUCCGCAGAGGGUGUACCAGGAGAAGCUCCCGGACCACAUGGAUGAUGGUAUGAAACAUCAGGACCCGGGAAUGUAUAAAGGAUCUGCCUACUCUGGUUACCCUUUCCUGAUGCUCUCAGAUCCGUAUCUGCCCAAUGGAUCUAUGUCACCUCUGUCCAACAAAGUCCCCGUGGUGCAGCCGUCGCACGGAGUGCACCCUCUGACCCCGCUCAUCCCCUACAGCAACGACCAUUUCAGCCACGGCUCCCACUCGCCCCACCUGCCCGCUGACAUCAACCAGAAACAAGGAGUGCACCGUCCUUCCCAGACCUCAGACAUCCCUGGUUUCUACCCCCUGCCCCCCAGUGGAGUGGGCCAGAUCACGCCGUCGAUGGGCUGGCAGAGCCAGUCUGUCUAUCCGCUCCCGUCAUGUGGAUUUAGACAGCCGUAUUCGUCAGCGCUCUCUGCUGGGGCUUCUUUCUCCAGGUUCACUCACCCGCUGAUGCUGGGCUCUGGCAUGCACACCACAGGCAUCCCGCACCCCGCCAUCGUGCCCCACUCCGGCAAGCAAGAGAUGGAGCACUACGACCGGAACAUGAAACCUCAGCCAGAACCAAAGAGAGAGAAGGAAGCCAAGAAGCCCACUAUUAAGAAGCCCCUGAAUGCUUUCAUGUUGUAUAUGAAAGAAAUGCGGGCGAAAGUCAUCGCCGAGUGCACCCUGAAAGAGAGCGCUGCCAUCAACCAGAUCUUGGGAAGGAGGUGGCACGCGCUGUCCCGAGAGGAACAAGCCAAGUACUAUGAGCUGGCUCGCAAGGAACGGCAGCUCCACAUGCAGCUCUACCCCGGCUGGUCUGCCAGAGACAACUAUGGGAAAAAGAAGAGACGAACACGGGAAAAGCAGCAAGAUUCCAACUCAGAUCCUGCUUCUCCUAAGAAAUGCAGAGCUCGCUUUGGCCUCAACCAACAAACGGACUGGUGCGGCCCGUGCAGGAGGAAAAAGAAGUGCAUUCGGUACCUACAAGGAGAAGGACGCUGUGCCAGCCCAGUUUCUUCCGAUGGAAGUGCUAUAGACUCCCCUCCAUCCCCACCGGACGCACUCCGAUGCAUCCCCUCCGCCUUCCCGUCAGAGCAGCUCGCAGCCCCCGCCGACCCCGAGCACCGCGACCAGCCCGACCCCUGCCCCGUGUCCGCGCACCUCCCGCCCGCCUCCGGCCCCUCCAGACCCGGCGCCCGGCGCUGCUCGGCGCCCCCCGCCUACAGCCGCGCCUCCUCGGGGACAUAGUCCCUCGCCAGCCGCUGGCCACACCGGCACUCCGCUCGCCCACCUGGUUCCACUGCCCCUGGACGAGGCCCAGAGGUCCGGCCAAACACCCAUAUCACUAUAAAACAUGCGAAGUUUGGCGACAGGAUGACUUAAGGAUGACGUAAUGAUGACUGAAAACUCACUGGGCUGGGGUUUUUUUGGAGGGGAGGGGUGAUAAAGAUAAAAAAAGCAAUUUCAAAAAAAAAAAGGUAAAAAAUAAGUACUUGCCAAAAUUUAAAGUGCUGAUGAGUAAAUAAGCCUUUUGUCCCUCCCCUGUGAUGCUUUUUUGUUUGUUUGUUUGGGGUUUUGUUUUGGUUUCUUUUUUACUGCAUUGUCUCCAAAUGUGGCACCGAGCAGAGCCAUGUCCCCUGCUUGCCGCUGUAGGUGGUAGGUGCUGUCAGUCUAACCCUGGCUUCCACUCCCUGCCCUCCGAGCUGUUUGAAAGUGUAGUCACUCACAGAUCUCUCAUAGCCAUUCCACCAGGGAGCUGAAAAAGUUGGAAUAGGAGCAUUUUUUAAAAGCCCAUAUGUCUGAAAAGGAAACGAAGUGAUGCCAGCGUUCUGAUCUGACUAGGAGAAAAGAGAAAUAUUUAAACCAGUGAGGUGAAUUUUUUGAACUUGUUUGAGAACAGAAAGAUGUUGUUUGCAGGUAACAGGUCUCUGGGCAGACAUGCCCCACUCCCCAGUUGUACAGUGACACAAAGGGAGCAGCAGCCAGGCAAAGGAGCACGGCCUGGCUGCUGGAAGGGCUGAUCAUUGCCCAGGGCGUCAGUCAGGUGCAGCAUCUGCCCUGCUGUUAGGGAUUACUCUCUGCAGAUAUGGAUGGUAAGACAGACUGGCCAAAGCCUCAGAACUCAGUCUGUUGGUCUUGUAGGCUCUGACUGAGCUCUGGACCUCCACAGCAGUGAGCAGGCAGGGCAUGUGGGGAGCCAGCAGCCCGGCCAGUGGCCCAGGAUCACACGCUGCUUUCUCUGAGCAGACAGGGAGGGGUGAGCUCUCCUGUCUCCUGAGUGUGCUGCAGAGUAGCACUCACUGCCCUGCUCUGGGCUGUAGGCAUCUGUCUGUACAUACCCUCACUGAGAUAAAAACCUGCUUUUUCAUGAUUCAGUGUAGAACUUUUAAAAAAAAAAACUUAUUCUAGCUUUUUCUGAAAGAUUCUCUCUCCACCCCAAUGAUGAUGCCAAAUGUUAAUGUAUUCUCUCCAGCUUUAAAAUGUUUACCAGUUUCUGGCAUUGUAUUUAUACUUUGAGUCUGGUAAACAAAACACAGUGCAUGAAUUAUGAUCUCCAUGAACUGAUGUAAACCCCAAAUACUUCCAAGCUCUGGAUUUACUUCAGGUUUACAGUCUUCACAAUCUAGUCCAGUGCAGACUUUUUUUCCUGUUUGAAAGAAAUCUAUUCCAGACUGCUGAAGAGAAAAAUGACACCACACAGAGGUAGAGGGAGCACUAUUUUUUUUCCUACUUGAUAGAUGGGUUUUGGAGUACUGAAUACAAAUUAUGUAGUAAUAUUAUUGUAGAACUGCAGGAAAUUUAAGAUGACCUUUAUAAUGUACAAACUAUUUUUAUAUUUUUUCUUAAUGCAAAAACACAAACCAUAAUUUUUUACAUUGGAUUAAGCGUAACUUUUUAACCAAGUGUAUGCCUCAAAGAUUUAAAAUUUAAAAAAAAAAAAAAACAACUAACUAGUGUGUAGACCAGCUUUGGGUUUAGUCCCUUUAUUUAGAUAGUUUUGCUUAUAAUAGUGUAGAUUUUUUAUUUCUGAUUUUAGUUUAGAAGAUCUAAACCUAUUUCUUUAUUCAUCUCCUGUGUAAAUGUAACUUCAGAAGCACUGACAGAAAGCUAUGUGCACAAACCUGACAAGUUUGCAGAGAGUCAUUUUGAAGUUUGAAUCAAUCAUUUUAACCCUUGGAGAAGUAGCAUUACCUGACCCAAUGCCAACUGUACACUCAUGUACACUCUGACUGCACUCAGAGGGUUAAUUACAUAGCACUAGAUCAAUAUGCAAUCUGCUCCUUUUAAAUUAUUUUAGCAAGCUUAGCCAACAGCAUAUUCCAGUGCUGAACAGAGGAACUCAGUAGAUUUGCCAGACCUAACAUGGUUUCUUUAAUAACUUGAUUUUCAAACAAACAAACAAACAAAAAAAAAAACAGCUUUAAAAAAAUGGCUGUGUCUCAGCUCAUCCUUUGUCACUCUCAGACCUCUGCUGUAAGGUGCUGUAAAAGUGUCACCUACUGGAAACAGGGCAGAUGACAGACCAGCCACCAUCGCCUGCUGUACCCUGUACUGGGUGUAAGGCUGGUGUAACUUAACACCUGAUUGCUAUCAGAUGACACAUGUAACUUAGCAGCAAAGCAAAGGCAGGUAGAAAAGGAAAAGCAGACGUGUCUAAAUAUCACCAGAGGAAAUUUCAGGGAAAGUCCAGAUCAGUAUUAAACUGGCCGAGGCACCCAGACCAGCCCUCAUUCAUUUCACACCCUGGGACUUUCACCCACUUAUUUCAAGGCUCCUCUGGCCCCUCUACUUGUGAGUCCCUGCCUCGACCAGCAAAAGGCUCAUCUGCAUUUUAGCCUCCUCUCACCAUUGUUAUUCCAACUGAUUCCUGCAAAAGCUCCUUAGAUGACACCUAACACCUCUCCAGGAGCCCUUUCCUGUGCCCUAGUGGCACUGGAAGUGUUUUCAGAGCCCCAGAGCUGGAGCAGUCACAUCCACAGCAUUGCUCUGCCUGUGUUCUGCUCUAUACGUACAGGUUUAUGGCCAGACCUUACCCUGUGCUUCCAUCUACUGCAGGAUAAACUCAGAAUAUCAACUUGCGAUAUACCACACUCAGUUUAUACUGGGGUAACUGAGAAAAUUUCAUUAUUUUUAUUUCAAAACCCAGAAAAGAACCUUUAGGCUGCCCCUUUCGAAGACAAAACAGUAUGACUAACUUCUGUUCCAUGGCCCAACGGCUGAUAACCAAUGCCAAAACAAAGCUGUUCUUUCUUAUUAAUACCAAAAAAAGUGUCUUUAGAAUUGCCGUAUGAAGUGUUGCUAUUUUGUGUUAAUACUCAUUUUUUAAAUAGAAGAAGACUUUGCUCUAAAGUUUUUAUCUCAGCAAGUUGGUUUUUUUUUCCUAGUUAUUUUGCAUCAGUUUUAACUCAUCCUGAAAUACAUAUUUGAAUUCCUGGAAUCAGUCUGAAUGUAGAAGUCAUGGAAGCACCACUUCAUUAAAACAAGUAAAACCACUGUAUGGAUGUAGUAGGGAUAAAUGUUUUGCAGCUGUACCUUCAUUUGUCCAAUGACUAUCCAUCACUUGUUGUCAUUUUUUUACUUCACUGAGUUUGUAUUUUUUGGCUUUUAUGUUCAAAGUAUGUUUAUAGCUUUAUAAAUAAAGUAAUUGCCAGACUGGCUGCUCAAA